AUGCCCUCCCUCCCCACCGCUCUCCUCCUCCUCCUCCCUCCGCUCGCACUCGCAUUCACCCAAGGCCCCCACCACCUCCGCGACCUCUACGCCUACCCCAAAUACCAAGUCCAGUUCCUCAACGACUAUCCCAUCUCCGAGAGCGUGGCCAAACUCGUGCGGGAGGUAGGGUUGGGGAGUCAAAGUGAAUGGGAACAGCUGAUACCGGGCGGAGGAAAAAGAUUGGGAGAUGGUCCCACGGAGAAGCUGGAUCUGAUACCGAUGAACUUUUCUCCCAAAGAUGCAGAUCCCAGCGAGGCGCCACACCAGUACCUCUGCCUCAUGCCCUCCCAAAAUACGACCCAAUCCCAACUCGCCACCCUUGAUCAGCUGGAAGAAGUCGAAGACGAGCUCGACCCCGCCCAGGGGUGGGCCGCGCUGUCGCAUCUCGACGGCAAGUGUCUAUAUUCCAAACAGGGGUGGUUUACAUACGCAUACUGCCACAACUCUUACAUCCGUCAAUUCAGGGCUGCCGCCCACCCCCAUGCCCAUCCGACACAGGGGUACGUGCCGCAAGAAGACCCCAACUACGAAGGCUACACGCUCGGCCGCGCUCAAUUCGACUCUUCCUACGAAAGAUCGCAGAGCAAAUCCUCGAGAUCCAAAGUGAAGGGUGCCAAGCCCGGUUCUCCAGCGCACAAAGCCGAAAAGUCUGUCGAUUCCGCCUCUGGACAGACGUCGACUUCUCCUUCCGUCUCAUUCGGCCAUGGUGCCUCCUCGCGGUACCUCAUCCAGCGCUGGUCGGACGGCACUCGUUGUGACAAAACGUCUCGUCCGCGCUCUACCGAAUUGCAAGUCCACUGCUCAAUGACCUCCUCCGAUACCAUCUACAUGAUCAAGGAGGUUGCCAUCUGUCAGUAUGUCAUGAUCAUACAUAGUCCGCACUUGUGUGGGCUGCCAGGGUUCAGGGCGAGAGAGGCCGAGGUGGGAGGUGCGGGAGUGAUGUGCCGGGAGGUUGUGGGGGACCACGAGUGGGAAGAGUGGAAGAAGGAGAGGAGCUUGGCUGGUGCGGUGAAGAGCGACAAGGAGGCAAAGAGCGAAGGGCAACAGUCAUUCGCUGCCAAGCCAGGCAAAGAACUUCCCAAUCUCCGCUUUGGUCUCGCCGCUGCUCGGGAAAAGCCCAAAGCAGACGAGGCUUCAAAAGAUUCAGCCGUACCAAACAAAAUCAAGCAGGGCGUUACCCUGGAACAAGUUGUUUUUGGCGUCGACAAGGACGACGACAUCACAGCGGCGCUCAGAAAAGCUCUGGACGCACUGGCUCAAGAAACGAGGGGUGAGAGUGUUGAUGAAGGGCAGCAAGGGAACGAGGGCGAGGUACUGCUACUCGCGUGGGAUGAAGAUGAAGGAGGUGGGGCAGUGUUGGUGGAGGCAGACAUGCUGGUGCGUGAUGGAGAGGAGGAGAAAAAGGUUGGUAUCAAAGGAGGGGAGAGAGAGUUGUUGCAGCAGAUCCUGCGCCAGUACCUCAAAGACUCUGAAGAUGAUGACGAAGAGUCGGAAGGAGAACAUAGGGUGAGAGAUGAGCUUUGA